CACGUCCGCUGUUACCACCACGCCUCCUGUCACCCGCGCACAUCCCUGCAUCUUCGGCUUCUGAGAUUCGCAAAAUCGUCGACUUCUCACCCUUUCGCGAAAACUUGCGCAUCGAUUGAAGGCUCAAAGCCACCGCCGCAACUAUGUCCGACCCAUUACUCUUCGAAGACACUUUCACGAUCACCUCCAUCAACUCGCAGAAAUAUGACCGUGUCUCGCGUCUGAGCUGCAACUCCACCGACAACUUCACCCACUUCACUCUCGAUGUGAACUCCGAGCUUUACCCCUGUGCCGUCGGUGAAUCCGUUUCCAUGGCCCUGGCGUCGACGCUGUCUCUGGAUGGCAAGGAAGACUCUGGAUCGAAGGGCUGGAGGGAGGUUGGAAUGGGCGAGAACACCUUGGCCAACGACUACGAUUACGUUUGCCACGGAAAGGUCUACCGCUUCGAGGAGGGUUCCAGCCAGGGAAACAUGGCCGUCUUCAUCUCCUUCGGUGGACUGUUGCUUUACCUUGAAGGUCCUUACAAGAAGCUGGCACCUUUGAGAAUCGACCACGUGUAUCUGCUCCUGAAGAAAUAGAUAAAUUUCCGCGACCGUCGAAUUUUGUCUCCAGAAGUAUGGGGCAUAUGCCCGUUCUGUCCGGAUAGUCAGAAAAGUCUUUGCAUUGAUUGGGGUACUUCGGUUGCAGCGCCGGCGUUUGAUUGGUGAUUGGGUAUAUCAAAUAGAACAUUAAACAUUUCUCUACAACAAUUGUCUGAUUCUUAUUCUCGAGUCAGUUGUAGCUCACUUCAUC